AUGACUCUUCCUCCUAGAAUUCAAGCUACUAAACCUAAUCAAACGAUUGGUUGUAGAUUGCUAUACCAAAAUACCAUAAGACCUGACAUUACUUUCAUCACACAACAGUUAAGACGGUUCUUAUCUACUCCUACACAAACUCAUCAUAAUGCAGAACUUAAAGUUCUCAGAUACUUAAAGGAUUGUCCAGGUAGAGGUUUGUUUUUCCCUAGAAACUCUCCUCUUCAGUUACAAGGAUAUUCAGAUGCAGAUUGGGCUGGUUUUGUUGACACCAGAAGAUCCAUUAGUGGCCAAUGUUUCUUCCUAGGUCAUGCUCUUAUUUCAUGGAGGACAAAGAAGCAGAUAACUGUAUCCAUAUCUUUAUAUGAAGCUGAGUAUCGUGCUCUAGCUUCAGAUACAUGUGAAUGGAAAUGGUUACUUUACUUGCUUCAAGAUUUGCUUGUUUCUAGUGACAAGCUUCUUUUUCUCGUCUGUUACAACGAAAGUGCACUAUACAUAACCGCUAAUCCAAUGUUUCAUAAACGCACCAAACAUGCAUUUAGAGAUUGA